UGUACUUGCUGCAAAGCGUCUGUCUUGUUCUCGUUUCGUCGUCUCUGUAAUCGGUGUUUCUAUAAAGAGUUGUUCUGCCUUUUUCUUCGUUUCAAUUCACGUGUAAGCCAUCGGUUCCAUUCAAAAGUACAUUCCGUCGAGGGGGAAUUUUUUAGUUUUAAGAUAAACAAUUCCGUUACAUUUACAAUUACGCGGGUGUUUUUCAACGUGCUGUUGAAGCGUUAAGCAAAACAUUUUCGUUUUGUUUUGGCUUUAGUAGUUGUUUAGUUUGCCACCUGACCACACAAUUUUCCGCUAAGUGAUCGUGACGACGACGUUAAUAGCCAUGGACAACUGCAGCAGAUCGCUUACGAUGGCUACGUGCUGUUUGGGACUUUUCUUGGCAUGCGUAACCCUACAGCCGACCCUAGCCAGUGGUCGUUUAAUUAAAUACACAAACCGGGAUAUUAAUGACAGUCCUUUGGUCAAUUUGGACAAUGAGAAUCCUACACCGAUUGUUGGUAUCCUGUCGCAGGAGGUGUCGCAAUUUGUUCUACGCAAAUAUCCAAAUAGUACAUUUUCCAGUUAUAUAGCGGCAUCCUAUGUGAAAUUUGUUGAGGGAGCUGGGGGUCGUGUUGUGCCCAUAUGGAUUGGUAAACCCAGAGAAUACUAUGAAGAUAUUCUGUCGAAGAUUAAUGGAGUCCUUUUGCCUGGCGGUGCUACCUAUUUUAACCAAUCGAAUGGUUAUGCCGAUGCUGGUCGACACAUCUAUGAGAUUGCCAUGAAAAUCAACGAUGGGGGUACAUAUUUUCCCGUGUGGGGUACAUGCUUGGGUUUUGAGCUAUUGGUUUAUCUAUCGGCCAAUGGUACGGAGCCGCGUACCUAUUGUUCAUCGUCUGCCCAACCAUUGCCAUUGGAGUUUAAGGAAGAUUUCAAAGAUUCCCGAAUGUUCCGAAAUGCCAGCUCAGAUGUUAUAGAGAUUUUGAAGAGCUAUCCGGUCACAGCUAACUUUCAUAUGUACUGUUUCACCGAAGAAACAUUUGCCACUAUGAAAUUGGAUAGUAUGUGGAAGGUGAUGAGUCUUAAUCACGACUGGGAUGGCAGUGAAUUUAUAUCCACCAUUGAGCAUAAAAAAUAUCCAUUUUAUGGCGUACAAUUUCAUCCCGAAAAAAAUCUUUACGAAUUUGUACCAAAUCGUAACAUAACCCACACUACCCUUGCCAUAAGAACCUCGCAAUAUUUUGCCGAUUUUUUUGUGGGCGAAACACGCCGUAAUCGUCAAUAUUUCCCCAACGAAACCGAGGAAAUGGAAGCGCUAAUCUAUAAUUAUUCACCCAAAUACACGGGAGCUAUUGGUUCAUCGUUUAUGCAGCAAUACCUGUUCGAUGAAAAGACCAUUGGGGAUGGUAAGGGCGAUGGUGCGGAACGAGCAAGUGCCUCAUUGCUGCUAAGUUUGAUUAGCGUGUUUGUAAUUUACCGUUUUUGGUUAUGAUUUAAAAGAAGCGCGGUCGACAGAGGUAACGCAAAUAACACGAAGAAAACGUGUUAAACGUGCCUAAGCGAUAAAUUCCGGUGCUAUGUAAUACUAUAGCAUACCAAUCAUGUAAUUAUUGAGAUUAUUUGCAUUUCAUUGUUAUUUUUAUAUAAGUAGCGGCUAAAAUAAAUGUAAAAGUAAUUUGAAUCGAUCUAAGAUAAAAUGGAAAUAGAACAAUGUAUUUCAAAGGUAUUAUA